GACUGCCACCGUCCCCUGCGCUCCCUCGCUGGCUUCGCCGCUCUUUCCUUUCACUGAUCGUUUCAGCGGAGGGGCUCGCACGCGCUAUCGUGCCAUUGAUACCCACUUUACAGCGCGCUCGCAGAAAACAGUCGGCAUGUCUCUGUGUCCCCCCUCUUUCUCCCUGUCCUGCCUCUCUGGUUGCGCGUCGUUAAACUAACGGGGAGGUGUUAACUACUUUUUUUUUCCUCCUUUACCAAAGCGCUUCACGUUAUCACUGUUACACUACGCAAGAACCAGAAGGGCCGGUGCUGCUGAUAUUCUCAGAGCGCAAACAAACAAAAAAAAAGUUUUGGUUUGUUGUGUGGAUAAAAGAAAGAAAAGAAAAGUAGAAGAAGCCGGAAAGUGGGCAGCCGUCUGCGAUAGAAGCGGAUUGUGCCACGGCGAGUUCAUGGACCAAAUGAAGAUGAGGUGACAGCUUCAAAGACCUACGGACGUCCGACCUGGACCACCAACCAUAACCAAGGAAAGCUUCUAUUAUUACCUAAGACUGCAUUCUCCAUCUAGACCACUGACAACUAAACUCAUAAUAAAAGAUUUGAGGUGUCACUAAGAAUGAACUAAAUUUAAGUUGUCCACAAUUCCCUUUAUUUGAAAGUUUCUUCAAACUCUUCGUCUUUGCAAAGGGGUCAUUAUCUUAGCUCCUGCCUUCAUUGUGCCAAUUCCCAACCCACAUUCCUACACCUCUUCAGUCCUGUUUAAAAGGCCUUGUGUAUAGUCUCCAGUCUCACUGAGGAGGAAUCAUCUCCUCCUCCUCCUCAUAAAACCCUUAUAGCCUCCUUUGUCAGUCCAGCCAUGGACCUUCACAGGGCAGCCUUCAAGAUGGAGAGCUCCUCCUAUCUGCCAAAUCCCUUGGCCUCCCCAGCCCUCAUGGUGUUGGCCUCCACUGCUGAAGCGUCUCGCGAUGCUUCAAUUCCCUGCCAGCAGCCACGUCCAUUCGGUGUCCCGGUCUCUGUCGAAAAAGACGUCCAUUUGCCGUUCAACAAUGGUUCUUAUACUUUUGCAUCAAUGUACCACCGCCAAGGUGCCGUCCCACCUGGAUUCCCUAACCGGGACUUUCCCCCAUCACUCCUACACCUUCAUCAUCAGUUUGCUCCACCUAACCUGGACUGCUCGCCCAUCAGCAUGCUGAAUCACAGCGGCGUUGGCGCCUUCCGGCCUUUUGCAUCACCUCCAGAUGAUAGAGAUGGAGCACCUGGCGGCUAUCAGUCUGCUUUUACUCCAGCCAAACGCCUCAAAGGCUGCUUGGAUGCCGAGGCCUCCCCACACCUUAGGUACUCUGAUGCGGAGGGUAAAGAAUAUGACUUUGGGGGCACUCAGAUCCCUCCUGGGGGGUCACCGAGCAGCGCCUUGAAAGCAGUUGAGGACAGCGGGAAAAAGAUCUUCGCCGUGUCGGGUCUCUUGUCUGAUCGUGAGACGUCCUCCAGCCCUGAGGACCGCAUCGAACGCUGUGAGUAA